AGGAAACAACAACCAGUCAGCGAAACCAACAACACUCUCGACGGAGUGUCGUGUCAUCAGUAAACCAACCAAGCAACUGUACACUUGUGUUGUCAAGUGAUAGUGAAGAAGUUAACAAGAUGACUGAGAAUUGGUUCAACUCGGUAGAGAAUGUCUUGGAUCAUGUCCGACUUAGAAGUCUUCUCGGCCGGCAAUUUUUGGCCGAACUUAUAGGGACGUUCAUGCUGGUGAUGAUCGGUGAUGGUGCCAUAGCACAACGACAGUUCUUUGGUAACGAUACGGGGGCGGGCUUCCUGAACGUUAACGUCGGCUAUGCCUUCGCCCUCAUGCUCGGUGUUUACUUCACUGCCUCGGUCUCAGGAGGUCAUUUAAACCCAGCCGUAUCUCUAGCCCUCUGUACCCUUGGUCAGAUGAAAUGGAUUGCACUGCCUGUCUACGCGUUGGCCCAGCUCAUUGGGGCCUUCUUGGGUGCCGCCACGGUGUUUGCUGUAUACUACGAUACCAUCAACAAGAUCGAUGGAGGUAACCGAACCGCCUUUGGACCUACCGGAACGGCCGGUAUAUUUGCCACCUAUCCGGCCGAAGGAGUGACGAUGGGCGCAGGAUUUCUAGACCAGGUGGUAGGCACCGCCAUCUUAGUGGCAGGCAUCAUGGCCGUUACAGACAAGAAGAACUCUAAGCCACCGAGUGGUUUGGAGCCUCUGUUCGUGGGCUUGACAUUCUUUGCCGUCGGCGUCAGUUUCGGCUAUAACUACGGCUAUGGUAUCAACCCGGCCCGGGACUUCGGUCCCCGUCUGUUUACCGCCAUCGCUGGGUACGGACCGGACAUCUGGGCACCCGGUGGUAUGCAGUGGUGGUGGAUACCCAUCGUGGGUCCAUUAGUGGGUGGACCAUUAGGUGGUUGGAUCUACUAUCUGAUGGUCAGUAUGCACAUCGAUACAUCCUACAAUAAGCAUACAGAUGAACGACAAGUGUCGGAAAUGGGCUCCCAUCAGCGAGACGAAGGUCAACAAGUCUGCAAGUCGAAUCUGUAAACUACAACGCAUGCAGAAACGAGAGACAACAACCUUAC